AUGUCUAACCAGGAUUACUACAACAACCAGGGCGGCCAGUAUCCCCAGGCCCCUCAGCAAAGCUAUGGUCAACACCAGGGAUACCAGCAGGGCUACCCGAACCAGCAGCCGCAGUACGGUGCUCCUCCAGGCCAGUACCAGCAGCCGCCCCCGAAUAUGCAGUACCAGCAGACUCCUCCCGAUGACAACCGUGGCAAGGGCAACCGUGGAGGCGGCCAGAACUGCCUGAUGGCCUGUCUUGCUGCUCUCUGCUGUUGCUGUGUUGUUGAGGAGUCUUGCGAGUGCUGUCUUGAGUGCUGCGAGUGUCUCUGCUAA